AUGGAUGACCAAAAUUCUUGGCCCGGCCUGUCACCCGAGUUCGAGCGCCUCGAGGAUCCGCGAAUGCUGCACCCUGAAUUCCCUGAAGUUUCAAUACACCAACUUCCGCCGUCUUCUUCACAGUCACCAGUAUCUGAAAGACGAAGCAUCGAGCCUGGGGCCCUACCAGGCUCUCAACGGCACCGUAUUUACCGCCGCCAGAACCGGGCUCAACCCAUUGAAUCUCUUGUGCACAGACUAAGAAGACAUUCGCUGAGGUCUCGGGGCCAUUACGCUGAUAUACUACCCGACUCUGCCAAUACGGCACCCCUUCAGCGUCAUAGAGGGAUAUCUGACGUCCAGCGACGACCCGACUAUGCCUUGACGGACUGUGACAGCCCCCUGGAUAUCGUGCAGGAAUCAACAAUAUCAGCUCAAACAGAACAGCCAUGCAAUCAAAUAGCAGACAAUAUACUCACUCCUUUUGCAGAGUAUGAUCCAAAUGUGCCUCAACUAGAACCAGAAAAGCCACUGUCGUCGACACCAGCUGAAUUUCCCUCAAUGGUUAUGAUUCCUGAGUCUACCACCACACAACACCACGUCCCGCUUCCCGAGGUCGACCCAAAACACAAGCUAGGGUUUGAGGAUCUGGAUCUUGAUGAGGGAUAUGGGCAUGGGACCGACGAGCUUGUUUGGACAAAUGAUGGCCAUGGCCUGCUUCAGAGCCUUGCCAGCCGUGCACGCAAAAGUGGAGCUCUAGCAUACCGGACGUCCUCGGAGGCUGCAAUGGACUGUUCCCAAGUUGUACACAAGGUUCCGAGGAUGCGAAGGCGAAGACAUAAGAAAAACCAAACUAGACUCCAAGCAUCGUCAAGCAUAAAGACAUGCGGAAUUGAUAGUCACGAUAUUACCACCCCCAGCCAUCUGGUGGAUGAGAAGAACCAACAUGGACAUCUGAAAGCGUCAUGCCCUCAUAUACCCUAG